AGAGAGAGCAGCCCCACAGCUGGGGUGGAAAAGAGCAGAGUGAAAUUGGAGGGGUGGGGGGAGAGUUGGAGUAGCGGGUUGCCUCUUUUGCAAGCCGCAGGGCUACCACCAGUGAGUGAACCUUGGAUCCCUCAACGUACUGCGAGACCCCGGUGUAUAGCCCGGACCUGUGCCCCAACAUGAUCGCGGCUCAGGCCAAGCUGGUGUACCAGCUCAAUAAAUACUACACAGAGCGCUGUCAGGCGCGUAAGGCGGCAAUCGCAAAGACGAUCCGCGAGGUCUGUAAAGUGGUCUCGGAUGUGCUGAAGGAAGUGGAGGUGCAAGAGCCUCGCUUCAUCAGCUCCCUGAGUGAGAUCGAUGCCCGCUACGAAGGGCUGGAAGUUAUCUCUCCCACCGAGUUCGAAGUGGUGCUCUACCUCAACCAGAUGGGCGUUUUCAACUUCGUGGACGAUGGUUCGCUGCCUGGCUGCGCAGUACUCAAGCUGAGUGACGGUCGUAAGCGAAGCAUGUCUCUCUGGGUGGAGUUCAUCACCGCAUCUGGCUACCUCUCAGCGCGCAAGAUCCGCUCGCGCUUCCAGACACUGGUAGCGCAGGCAGUAGACAAGUGCAGCUACCGGGACGUGGUGAAAAUGAUCGCGGACACUAGCGAGGUGAAGUUGCGCAUCCGGGAGCGCUAUGUGGUGCAGAUCACACCGGCGUUCAAGUGCACUGGGAUCUGGCCCCGCAGCGCGGCCCAGUGGCCUAUGCCCCACAUCCCGUGGCCUGGGCCCAAUCGGGUGGCAGAGGUCAAGGCCGAAGGAUUCAACUUGCUCUCCAAGGAGUGCUACUCCUUGACAGGCAAGCAGAGUUCUGCGGAGAGUGACGCCUGGGUGCUUCAGUUCGGGGAGGCUGAGAACCGACUGUUGAUGGGUGGCUGCCGGAACAAGUGCUUAUCAGUGCUGAAGACCCUGCGGGACCGUCACCUGGAGCUGCCAGGCCAGCCGCUCAACAACUAUCACAUGAAAACCUUGCUGCUGUAUGAGUGUGAGAAACACCCUCGGGAAACUGAUUGGGACGAAGCGUGCCUGGGAGACCGGCUCAACGGCAUCCUGCUGCAGCUCAUCUCUUGUCUGCAGUGCCGGCGAUGCCCCCACUAUUUUUUGCCCAACCUCGACCUCUUUCAGGGCAAGCCUCAUUCGGCUCUGGAGAGCGCAGCCAAACAGACCUGGAGGUUGGCCAGAGAAAUUCUCACCAAUCCCAAAAGCCUGGAUAAAUUAUAGAGUGGUGGAGACUACUUAGAAAAACAGCAAGAACAACAUACUUCCAUCACGCUUCAGAAAAACUAAAACUCCAAAACACAAAUGUUAUUUAAUCACCAAGCAAGAAGAAGGAGAAAAAAAAAAAAAAAACAUCCUCACCACCA